UAGAAGAAAAGAGUGGAAUGAAAAAAAAAAUACGAUGAAAAUAAAAUCAGACGCGAAACUUGUAAAUCCAACUUCGGAUAUUCUUUUUACAUUCAAGAUGUUACCAAAGCAAAAUCUGAUUUUUGAUACAAAAGAACUAAUGAUUAUUUAUGUAUAGUAAAAAUGAUGAAUCUAAAAUAAUAUGUAUUAUCUUUAUAGAUUGCUAUUGUUACAUAUUAGAUAGUUAAAAAGUGAAAUAGUAUUGACCGUAAACUAAAGACGGUGAGAUGAGUUCAAUAUUAUUUUACAGAUUCAAAUGCAAACUUAUUUGGAUCAUAUAACAUAAAUUCAAUGCAAUUAUAAUAUAAUGAGAUGAAAAAAAACAUGGCAAAAUGUAUGGUGAUUUGGCAAAUAUAAUAAUAUAGAAUAGAAUAGGUUUGCGCAUCAAAUCAAUUUAAGGGUCGAGGUACGCCAAGUAGGUCAUUGCAGACUUCAUUGCUGCCAACAUUAUGCUUUAGAAUGAUUUCAGUUUAUGGACAAGUAUUCUCAAAUAAUUUGAAAAAAAGAGAGAAUAACGGGAGAAUUACAAAAUUAACUACAACUAGCUGGUAAAAAUUGUCAAAUAAACAACGUUUAUUUUUUGCGUUCAACGAUACUAAUAAAAGCUUUCAAAACGUCGACUCCAUCGGUAAUAGAAAUAUCCGGUGGCGCAACUGAAGAAAGUGGACCCGGGGAACAUCAACGGUCACCGGGUCUUGAUCCGCCACCGGAAAUUGCUACUAGUGUGGAAAACGUUGCUUCCGCAAACGACAAUGGAACAAAUGAAACCACCAUGAGUAUUGUCCUUAAACUGGACACCCCUGGAAAUUCACAACAACUUGAAAAUGAAAAAAAUAUUAAUUCAUCAGUUUUUCAUGAAAAAGUUAAAAAUGAACCUGUAAAUUUUAUUUUUAAGCCAAAUGUAUCGGAAUUUCAUAAUAAAUCUAGAGAUACUGAAAAUUCUAUGACAAUGAUGAUGGUUAAUAAGCCGGAUAUUGUUUAUUCUAGUAAUCAACUUAAAAUUCAAUCUCAGCAAAGCUCUAGCGAUGCUAAUGUUUGUGUCUCGAAUCCAAGUAAUGUUAAUACUGACACAAACAAUAUUACUUUAGUUACCUCGAAGAGUAAAAUUGUUGAUAAGUUUUAUAAAGAUGUAGAAAAUCCAAGCCAGAAUAUUGAAAAAUGUAAUCAAGAAUUGGCUUGUGGAACGACACACCAACAACAGCAGUCGCAAGUGCAGAAAAGUACUCCCCAUACAGUAUCUUGUACAGCUUCUUUAAUUAUAACUACUUCUGUUAGUCCGUCUGAUCCUAAACAAACAUUAACAAAGGUAUCAACGACAAAAAUGGAUAAUAUUAUUAAUACAAAUCAACAGACAAAUUUAUUGUCUACACAUGAGCAGGUGGAUGCUAAUAAAGUGCAUAAUAAUAAAGUUAAUAAUGGAAAUAAUAUAACGCAACAUCAAACAAAAUCUGAUGUAGCUCAAAAAAUGGUUAAUACAACAACUAAAACACCGGCAACUUCAAUGGCCAAUGUUCAAAAAUUGUCUAUAAAAUCAUCAGCUAAUUCUAUGCCGUCGCAAACUUCGAAUAUUCAUAAAGUCAAAACAAUAACAGGUGUUAAUAGUCAAGGUAUAGUUACGAAAAAUUUUAUUUCAAAAGUACAAGGUAUGACAAAAUCUCAAGCACUCUCUGGAAAAUUACCAAGUUCUGUUACAUCUGUAACACAAAUUAUAAAUAGUAAUAAUUUAACAAAUGCUCAACGAGCUCAACAAGAUAAUCAAAAAAAUUUUUCUAAUCAGAAUGUACAGAAUCAACAAACAAUUAAUACAAAAAUACAUACCAGUAAUAAUAAUCCUUCACAAUCGACGGAGCAAAUUCAAACGCUUCGUAAAGUAGCAGAUUUAUUUCAAAAAACUUUAACUGUUCAAAGGCAACCGCUUCCGAAAACAUCACAAUCAAUUAUUAGUUCGAAUAAUAUACAAAAAGGUAGUAUAUGUGGAAUCCAAAAAAACGUAAUAGCUGGACAAAAUCAAUCGGCAAAUACUCAGCAUCAAAAUUCACUUCAACCCGCUAAAUCGCAAAUAUUCACAUCACUUCAAAAAUCUCAAACAGCGGUACUUGUGAAUAAUUCAUUGAAGACCACCACAGCAGGUAAUAUUAGUAAAAGUAGUAGUGUACCUAAUAUAUCAAAAAUAUCUACGAAUUCAACAAUGGCAAUGAUCAAUAAAGCUCAGAUGACAUCUCAAUCUCAGAGUAAUGUACAACAUUCUGUUCAAGUUCAACAUGUUAUUCCACAUAGUGUACAGUCUCAACAAACUUCUCAAAAACAACAACAGCCUAAAUUAAAUAUUAUUCAACAAAAUGCUACUUUAACUAGUUUACCGGUAAAUCAAAAAGGAUCUGUUCUUGUCAAUGCUAAAGUACAACCACAACAAUCGCAAAUGGUAUUACGAGUAGGACCGAUAAAAAAUAAUCCAAUGAAUACGCAAUCUGGUAAUAGUGUAAAAUGUAUUAGUCAAAAGGUUACAAAUGCGUUGAAAAUGAAUUCUCAUCAGCAAGUUACUUUACAACCGACUACUUUAAAUCGAAAUACUGUGAAUGCCCAGCCGGUUAAAAUUAUUCAACAAUCACAGCAGCCAUUAACGAAUGUAAUUUCAAAUUCACAAGCUGUUCAAAAACAAACGGGGACUAUUAAAACUAUUCCACCGUUAAAAUCGCCACAGAAAAAUAGUCAAUUCAAAACUCAAAGUGUUAAAACAUCUAUUAAUAAUGUAAACACAAUAAAAAAUCAAACAACUAAUACUGUGGUUCAUCAGAAAACAUCUGUACGAACUAUUGGAUCACAACAACCUACUUCGUCUAAUGUAAUGAUUCACAAACACCAAACGGUGAAAAUACAAACACCUAAUGUUCAACAAAAACAAAUAAUGACGUCGUCUCCAUUUUCUCAACAAGUUAUACGAACACAACCUGGGCAAAUUAAAACUAUUUUACCUGUUGUAUCGGCGGAAAGUCAUAAGGAACAUCAGCCUAAAAUGGAACCAGAAUUACCAACACUAAAAGAGGAAGAAUCUGGAGAAAGAUCUCAAUCACCAGUUCGCAGAAUGCCACUUCCUUAUGAGUGUCUUCAGUUUGUUCUACAAGAUCAUAAUUAUGGAGCACCACCACCUCGAACACCACCACCAACUACAUCACCAUCUCACACGAAACAACAAACCAUAAAUGGUGCAGGGAAUACAUCGCUUCAACAUACGUUUAUAUAUAAUCAAGUCCCGAGUAAUGCUAAUACAGCAGAUGAUGCUGCUAGUGCAAUAAGUAGUGAACCUGGUCGUGAAGCUGAACCGGAGGGUGAGGAAACAGAAACAGCACCAGAGGGUGAGGGUGACGAUGAAGACAGUAUUACACGUUGUAUUUGUGAAUUUGAACAUGACGAUGGUUACAUGAUUUGCUGCGAUCGAUGUCUAGUUUGGCAACAUGUCGAUUGUAUGGGUAUUGAUCGAUCGAACAUUCCUGAUGAAUAUCUUUGUGAAAUUUGUCGACCUCGACGUGUUGAUCGUCAACGAGCCCGUACAUUACAAAUGCGAAAGCGCGAAGAGCUUUUACAUUCUGAUACAUUAUCAGACACAUCAUCAACAAGUUCUGCCGAUACUGAUGUUAGUGGUAAUCCAACAGUUGUAAAGAAACGAAAUAUUCAACAACAGCAUCAACCACAAUUACCAGUAUCACGUAGAAAAUCAGAUUCGGCGCAAUUUAAGAAAAUAAAUCAUCAUAAUCUUAACAGCAGUACUAAUAAUACCAAUAGUAUAAGUAAUAACAAUAAUAGUAAUAUUAAUAAUAAUGCUGAAGGAAACGAUAAUAAUAGUAACAACAGUAGUAGUAACAAUAAUAAUAGUGAUAAUAAUUUGACUAAUAAUAAUGAUAAUAGUAACAGCCACAGUAACAAUAACAACAGUAACAACAAUAGUAAUAAUGUUAACGAUAAUGACAAUGAUGCUAGUGGCGGUGGCAAUAAUAGUAAUAACAAUAUUCCAAAACGUCAAAAACGUGAGCAGCAUCCAAGACAAGCUAAUAUGAAUAGGAAAAAGGAAACAGUUAAACGUGGUCCUGGUAAACGCAAAGUUAAACGACGGAUGAGUUUAAACGGUGAAAAUGAAUCACAAGAUGCUUGGGGAUCUCCAAAUAUGGCACCUCUGCGACAGUGGAUUGAGAGAUAUGAAGAGGCAGUAACAAAUCACUAUAGUCCAGAAUUAAGAGCUAGAAUAUCAAGUAUAAAAGUAAAUGGUUCGUACAAUGAUUUAAGGCAAACCAAUAUAAGCAAUAUUGUGAGUGGAAAAUGCCGACUAAAUGUACACAGUAACAGUUUAAGAUUUUUAGUAGCUACUAUGUACCUGGCGCCAAAUACACCAGUUGUUGAAUUACGCGGUAAAUACAUGCUAAGUACACAACAUAGGCCAUCACAUCCGUCACAGUAUGGAAGACAGCACACUCAACGACCUGGGCCUUUUGUAUUUUUUUAUCGUUUACCACGUGAAGGUACUGAAGUUUGUGUUGAUACUAGAACGUAUGGCAAUGAUGCAAGAUUUGUGCGACGAAGUUGUAAACCAAAUGCCGAAGUAAAACAUUGCAUUGAAAAGGGUACAUUACAUCUUUAUAUUGUUACAACAACGGCUAUUGAAAAAAAUGCUGAAAUUACUAUUCGUCACGAGCAACAUGAUCUCUUAUUAUCACCUAAUUCAAAUUCAUCACUUACACAGCUAGCAUGUGCCUGUGGGAAUCCUAAAACAUGUCAAAUUGCUAAUAAUAUAAGUGGGAUACAAUUUGGUGGACGAAAGGGUAGUAAUGGUGCUAUUGUUGAAAAUACGACGACUGAUAGUAGAGAACGUAGACGACGAAAUAGAAGGAACACUGUAGGUGAUGAUAAUGAUACAAUUAAUUCGACAAUUCCUACUAAUCCCGUAAUGACAACACAGUCAUCUACACCUCUGUCAUCAAAUUCAACAGUUACAACUGCAUUAUCAUCCAAUGCAAAGAGAAUAAUGAACAAUCCAACAUCGUCUGUUUCACAGACUACUAUGACAACAGUAUCCAGUAAAGUAUCAUCAAAAGAAGAGAACAAUACCUCAGUAUGUCAAUCAGUUCAAGUUGUUCCAUCCGUAGCUACACCAACAACAUCAGUUCAGGAUAUAAAGAAAGAUAAAACAAAAUUAACACGAGAAGAACGUAAAAUGGAAGCCAUUAUUAAGGCCAUUGAACGUCUAGAAAAAGCAGAACUGAGAAAACAAGAAGUUCAAGCAAGAAAUGCACAGAGGAAAGAAUCUGGUGGUGGGCAUAGUGAUACUGAUGAACCAAUGAGUCAACCAACAAAACCAAAACAACCACAUAUUGAACGUACAGUGAGACGUAAGAAACGAAAAGGUCGCUCUCGAACAAUACCUGGUAGUAGCUUACAGAAUAAUCGUAGAAAAAGGCUUAAUUCUGCUGAUUCUGAUCUUUCAUCGUGUGAAGAGAAUAAUUUAAUAAUGAUGCAAUCACCGCCUCAAUCUUCAUGUCUACAGUCUAAUCGUGAUACACCAUUUUCGCCACGAAUUUCUUCAAAUAAUAACAAUGAUAACAGUACGAAUAAUAACAACAAUAAUAGUGAUGGCAAUGAGAGUAAUAGCAAAAAACAAAAUGAAGAAAAUUUAGUAGGAUUAAUUAAUCAAGAACCAUCUUCUGUUAAUAAUCAAACUAUACCAACAGCAGCCGGUCUUUUGUUGGCUCUUGCUAAUUCAAGUGUUUCUGGUGCAAGUUCACCACCUUUACAACAACCAGCACCAAGUAAGAGUCCUACAUGUGAUAGCGGGGCUAGUAGUAGUUCGCAAAGUUCAACACCGUCAACACCAUUGUCAUCAGCAUGUUUAUUAGUGGCAGCAGCUGUAGGGCCACUUGCACCUGGGUUUAAAUUUCCUAAAACCAAAAAAGUUAUGAUGAAUGAAUGGCUUCGUGAAUCACCAGAUCCAUCAACACAAACGCAUAUUCAAAUACCACAUGAAUUGCCGCAAAAUACUGCAAUGACACCACUACCUGUAUCAUCAUCGUCAUCAUCUUCGAGUCCUCCCAACUCAUCAAAUAAUAGAAAUACGGAUUUUUUAAGAUCAACAUCAGAUCCUUCAAGUGAAUUCCUUACACAGAGUUAUGCUGCUAAGAGUUUAGCUACUCUUGUUCAAGCAGCUAAUUCAGUUUCUGGUAUCUGUGAUUCUCCACCGCAACGCAAACAAGCUGCAAUUACGUUAACAAACGCUACGGUUUGUCCUAUGUCAACAGGAUCGGCAAAAAAGCGAUGGCUACGCCAAGCAAUUUCUGAGGAAUGCGACUCUCCUAACAGUCGACCUGAAAGUCCGCCGAAUGAAAUGGUAGCACCACCGAAGAAACGCAGAAUAGCACGUGAAAGUAUUUCAUCUGAUAAUUAUACUCCGCCUACCACGCCCACACUGAUGCUUGCCGAUUCUGGUCCUAAUAAUUUAACUCUUUGUUCUGGAGAAAAUGAUUUUAUUCAACAACCACAAUCACCUAUGUUAAUAGACGAGUCGUCACAUAAAGAUUAUGAUAACAAUGAUGAUAAAAAUAACAUUCAUGAUUAUAAGAAGUUUCAAUAUUUUCCAAUAAACAGUUACAAAAAUUCAGAUACAGAAGAACCAACUGAUUUUAAACCUGAAGAUAAAUUAGCUAUCAGUGACUACAAGCAACAUAUAAAUGAUGAAUUAGUUAAUACAGUAAUUCAAAAAAAUGAAGAUGAAGGUGAUAAAAAUUUAUUGGAUCUUGAAUAUAAAUCAUCUAUUAAAUGUGAACCAGAUUAUCCCGAAUCAACUAAAGUAGAAUCUAAUUUUAUGUUACUCAGUCCUAUUAAGAAGGAAUCAAAUUCAAUGACUACAGAAAAUUCAGAAAAUAUUGAAACUAUUGAUAAUUCAACUAAUAUAGAUGUAAAUUUAAAUGAUUCAGAAUCAGUGACAAAGGAUAAAACAAAUAUCAAAAGUGAAAACAGUGAUAAUAGUUGUACGCUAGUAGUAAUGGAUGAAACAAGUUUGGAAGAAAAUCGUAGCUUUGAAGAUGAUGAUAAACUAAACAAGUACAAUAAAGAUGUUAGGUCAGAAGAUGGUAUGUCUAUUGAUGAAUUUGAUGUUGAAGCUCAAAUGAAAAAAAUAACCGGUGAUGAUGGUAAUGAUUAUAAAGAAAAGAUUGAUCCAAAUUUGGAUAAAGAUAAAAGUAUGGAUGGAAUCGAAGGUUUAAUGGACAGUUCAAAAGAAGAUUCUGAAUCAGAAGACCGUGAUUUGAGAGAGCUACGUUCAAGUGAUGAUACAUCUAGUUUAAAAGAAAUGCCAGAAAGAUCUUUCCAGGAUUUCAAUGAUCUCUCAGAAAUAGAAGAUAUCAAAAACAAUAUGAAUGAAGAUACUCUUUUGGAUAAACAAUCGUCACAAGUAAUUAACAAUGAUGAUGCAUCUCUUAAUAAAACAAUGUUUGAUGGUCUUUCAGAAGAUAUGCAUAGUGAGCCAAUCGAAGAACCGCCAAAAAUUUAUCAAUCGAUUCCUCCGUUAAGUGAGAGAAUACGAAAAAAACCGGAUAACUCAACAACAAAGAAAUCUUUAGACUUAGAAGCAUUGAGCCAUAUAGAGUCAACUAUUGAUAUGGAAUCUGUUGAUAUAUCGGAGAAUGAUGGAGAAAAAAAUCAACUUUCAACAGCAUUACGUGAGUUAUUGAAUACUAACAGAGAAGAAAUUGCUGACGCAUUCAUAAAUCCAGAAAAAAUUAAAGAAAAUAUUAAUCCAUCACCCACUCCUGAUCAGGAACUUGAAUUAAUACCAGAAUCACAACAAUGUACUAAGGAAGUUACACAAAUUCCAUCAAAUGUAGAUCAUACUCGUGAGUCGAUACAUCCGAUUGUUGAUGAAAAAACACUAGUAUCUCCACUCUUACUUCCACCUUCACCAUUACCACCUCCUCCUCCUCCGCCACCACCACCACAAGAAAUUAGAAGAUUAAAGGAUCCUCGAACAGCUAUUCCUAAUGAAUUAAGGGUUCAAUCACCAAAAGAGGCCCCAGCACCAGUGAAGCGCAAGGUUAGAACGUUAUCAAUAUCUGAAUACCGGAAACGAAAACAACAAAACACUGGCACACCUUCGGAACCUGAACCAUCAAAUGAAGCGUCUUCGGAAAAGAGUCCUGGAAGAGGACGUUCUGAUAGUGCAAGUAGUGGUACAUCAUCUCUUAGUUCAGAUGAAGAUAAUAAUAAAGUUAAUCAUGAUAACACCCAGGCUUUAACAACUUUACCACUCUUUGUUAAUAGUACUGAAAAUGAGGAACGUAAAGGUGGAGAAGAUGGAACUAUUGGUUGGUCUGCAGCACCUACUCUUGUCGAACGUCAACGAGAAAACCUUACUGAAAGACUGAAACGUGAAUUUGGACUUUUUCUGAGUGAUGAUGAAGAAGAAAGAGCACGUAAACAAGGUUUAUCAACAGAAGCUAUAUUAAAAGCUCGCAAAGAAGCCAUUCCCAUGCAAAUGGCGGCAGGAAUGGUUACAGCAUAUCCUCUACCACAAUUGCCACCACAACCUUAUAUACCACCACCAGGUUCAAUGCCAAUUCAAUAUCCUCUGUAUCCAGUAAAACCACCAUUGACAGGGCAAUUUCAUAACUUUGCUGUGCCACAGCCAAUUCCACCACCAACUUAUACAGUUCCACCAUCAACAUCAUCAACUCCAACAGUGAGUAAGCCGAUACCACAAUUUCUUGUACCACAAGCACCACCAGGCUCUAAUCCUUAUCCACCACAAUUUGUACCAGCAACAAGUCCACCUUCGACUACAUCAAGAUUUCCAGUGACAACACCUCCACAAUCAGGCUUUAACAAUUGUACACAAACUCAAAGUCCUUUUUAUAAUCAUCCUAAUUCAACACCUAGGUCAUAACUUUUAUCAGUUAAUGUAAAGGAUAAUAAUUAUUUUAUGUUAAAAUUAGUUAUAUUAUACAGAUAUCAAAUAAUUAGUAAGAAAA